CAUGAAACAAAGGUAUCCUGUGACCUUUCUGAUAUAAAUGAAAUAUUUUUUCUCGUAGGUAAUUCAAAACAAGUGACAAUAAAAUAUAUAAAUAGUCAUCUACAAGACAAUAAUACUCAAGAGUCAUGCAAACGAUGAUAAUUCUUUGUUCGCAGAUAUUAAACUAAUAAUGUUAUAAAUAUUCUAGUCGUUCUUUAGUCUUAUUUAUGUGUAAGUGAUAAUACUAUUUGCUACCACGUUUUAAUAUAAAAACUAUAUAAUAUGAACCUAUUGCGAUCUAGAAUACAAAGAGAAAUAAUAAGCUUUUCAAGAAUGUGUUUUUUGCAUAAUUGUUAUAAGAGGUUUAAAAGUUCACAACAGUGGUUAAUUCGCCAAAGAUCAGACCCGUACGUAGAAAAAGCUAAGAUACAAAACUAUAGAUGUCGUAGUGCAUUCAAACUGCUCGAAAUGAAUGAGAAAACGAAUAUUUUGCAACCAGGCCUCACAGUUAUCGAUCUAGGGGCUUCUCCAGGCUCAUGGACCCAAGUUGCAGUACAAAAAACUAAUUCCAGUGGUGUUGAUUUAUUAAAACCCAAAGGAACAGUGUUGGCAAUAGAUAAAUUACAAAUUUAUCCCAUUGAAGGUGCAACAAUAAUGAGUAAUAUGGACUUUUCGACAAUUGAAGCUCACAAUAAAGUAAUAACUAGUCUUAAUGGCAGGGAAGUUGACUUAGUCCUCUCAGAUAUGGCUCCAAGUGCAUCAGGAAUAAGAGAGUUAGAUAAGGAUAGAAUUAUAGGCCUCUGCUACAUGGCUCUUAGAUUUGCUGCCCUGGUAACAAGGGUCGGUGGUAACUUUCUAUUUAAAGUCUGGGAUGGUAAAGAAGUACCUAUACUAGAGAUGGACUUAGAAAGAUUCUACAAAAAUAUAAAAAUACUUAAGCCAAAUGCAAGUAGGUCGGAAUCAUCAGAAAAAUUUAUAUUGGCACAAGGUUUUAAGGGGAUUCAGAGACCCUUGGAAGGUGGACGAUGGGGUUGAGUUUAUGAUAACUGGAUGGAAUCUUAUUGAAUGGAAUAUUAUUUAAGCCAUAGAAUGAGGAGUCUUCCACUGUAAUAAAAGUAGUUCAUUAAGAAUUAAUUCUUAGAGAAUUGUAAUAUAUAAUGACAUGUAGAUAAAGCCUUAGAAUUUAUAAGUGUAGAAUUUCAUAUACCUAAAUAAAUUUUAAAGCCAGAAGUCAUUGUUUAAUGCUUUGCUUUUCUAA